CGGUGUGGGGGGGGAGCGCGGCCCGGCCCGGCCCGGCGGGGCGGGCAGGAUGAGUUUCAGUGCCUGGCUCCCGAGCCUCCUGCGGCGAGGAAGCUAUUUCUUUCAUGUCCCUUUGGGUUCAUGUCAGCUUCAGCCCCUGCACCAUUCCUGGUGUCAGAAAAAAUCAACAUCUGCUGUAGAACACAACUGUGUCAAUUCCCCAAUGAUGAAUCAAACCUUCAAGACACCAGAAGAUGCACUCUCCAAUUUGUACUCCUCUGAACAACAAUCUGCCAUCCUACAAGUGCUCAACACAGCAUCUGAGAGCGAGCUUUCCACCAUUAAACUAUUGCGAGGAAGAAAGUCUGUCAAUGUAAUUGAGCAUAGGGAAAAAUAUGGACCAUUUCAGAACUUGCAGAAUUUAUUGAAUGUCCCUCUCUUUCAAUAUAAAACUGUUGUUAAGGUGUGUAACUUUAUCCUCAAUCCAUCUGAGAAAGGAGAUAGAAGAGAGAGAAAAAUACAAGACACCAGGUCUUCAAUGAGGUUUAUUAAACCUGAAAUAGAAAGAGAGAGGCUGGAGACUUUAGAUAGCAUUGUGUCUGUUGUUUUUGGCACCCGUAAAAUUGCAUGGGCACAUGUUGAUCGAAAUCUAGCAGUUCAUGACUGGCAACAAGAAGAGUGUGGUAGAUUCAUGAAAGGAACCUAUAUUCCAGCAGUAUAUCUGGAAGAAAUUUCUUCAGUAGUUUCUAAGAUUCCUGAAGCUGAUCUUUAUAUUCUGGAAAAAAAUGGACUGUCUGCUCAAAAUACAAAUCUCUUUCCUAUAACAUUACAUCUUCGCACUGUGGAAGCUAUGUUGUAUGCCCUAUUGCAAAAGACAUUUAUGCACGAUGGCCAGCACAAGGUACUAAGUAUGGCCCGAAGCACUGUAGGAAAACACUUUGGAUUGAUGGUAGGAGACUCUCGGUCUAGUGGAAUGGACUUGGUGAAGCAGUUUCUCUUACAGUCUGUUACCCAAGAACAGCCCCGGUUGUCCUUUCCCCGGAACAAGGUGGUACGUUACAGAAACCUAUUUUCUUCAGUCACCCAAAACAGAGAUGAGGAGAUGUGUGAUUCAUUACUGCAGGCUCUAGCCUUCUAUGAACUUCUAUUAAACAACACUACUUAAACCUUUUGCUGUUAUGAGUAGAACCACAAUAAACUUACAUCUAAUGUUUUGAUCAAGUAUCAGAUAUUUACUGUCACAUUAAAUGAUGUGCUGAUGAGCAGAAGCCAAGUUUACGUGUGCUGUUCACUGCUAUCAAGGCAAUCUCAAACUCUGAUUUUUCUGUAUUCAAAGUAUCUUUGGAGGACUUGUAUGUCACAUGAGGCAUACUGCUCAUCCUCUAAAUGAACAGAUACUGAUUCUUAUGCUUUUCUACACACAAAGUUGUUCCUGAUUAAUUUCAUGUAGACACAUUUAUUCAGG